AUGGAACCGAUAACAUUCACAGCAAGGAAACAUCCAUUCCCUAAUGAGGUCUCGGUGGACUUUGGCCUUCAGCUGGUGGGCUCUUUGCCUGUGCAUUCUCUGACCACCAUGCCCAUGCUGCCUUGGGUUGUGGCAGAAGUGCGAAGACUCAGCACCUCCAGAAAGGAGCCUGUAACCAAGCAAGUACGGCUUUGCGUUUCACCCUCCGGUUUGAGAUGUGAACAUGAGCCCGGAAAAAGUCAACAAUGGGAUCCCUUGAUCUGUUCCAGCAUAUUUGAGUGUAAGCCUCAGCAUGUUCACAAACUGAUUCACAACAGUUAUGACCCAAGUUACUUUGCCUGCCUGGUUAAGGAAGAUGCAACCAGCCAGCAGAGUAUCUGUUACGUAUUUAAAGCUGAUGAUCAAACAAAAGUGCCUGAGAUCAUUAGCUCCAUCAGACAGGCCGGGAAGAUCGCCCGCCAGGAGGAGCUCCAUUGCCCAUCUGAGUUUGAUGACACAUUUGCCAAGAAGUUUGAAGUGCUCUUCUGUGGCCGAGUGACCGUGGCCCACAAGAAGGCCCCGCCGGCGCUGAUAGACGAAUGCAUCGAGAAGUUCAAUCAUAUCAGCUGCAGCAGGAAAGCGGAAAUCGACUUGUUCUCCCAGAAUCCUGAAGCUACCAGUACUAUGGGGGGAUUUACCAUAACAGAUAAAUUCCGAUCGGUAUUCCAGCCGGUGGGCCAUGACGAGCAGGGCCGGAGGCCUAUGCGGAAGUCCUUCUCCCAGCCUGGACUUUACUCUUUGGCCUUUAAGAGGGAAUUUCAAGAUGGAAGCCUUAGAAGUAGUAGUUUUUUCAGCUCUUUUGAGGAAAAUGACAUUGAGAACCACCUCAUUAGUGGACACAAUAUUGUGCAGCCGACAGAUAUUGAGGAAAAUCGAACUAUGCUCUUCACGAUUGGCCAGUCUGAAGUGUACCUCAUCAGCCCUGACACCAAAAAAAUAGCAUUGGAGAAAAAUUUUAAGGAGAUAUCUUUCUGCUCUCAGGGUAUUAGACACGUGGACCACUUUGGGUUUAUCUGCCGAGAGGCUUCGGGAGGCGGAAGCUUUCAUUUCGUCUGCUAUGUGUUUCAGUGCACAAAUGAAGCUCUGGUUGAUGAGAUUAUGAUGACCCUGAAGCAGGCUUUCACGGUGGCUGCGGUGCAGCAGACUUCUAAGGCCCCCGCUCAGCUGUGUGAGGGCUGUCCUGUUCAGUGCCUGCACAAACUCUGUGAGAGGAUAGAGGGAAUGAGCACUUCCAAAACCAAACUAGAACUCCAGAAGCAUCUGACAACAUUAACCAACCAGGAGCAAGCAACUAUUUUUGAGGAGGUUCAGAAAUUGAGACCAAGAAAUGAGCAGCGAGAGAAUGAAUUGAUUAUUUCCUUCCUGAGAUGUUUGUAUGAAGAGAAACAAAAAAAUCACAUUCACAUUGGGGAGACGAAGCAGACGUCAGUGGUUGCAGCAGAGAAUAUUGGAAGUGAAUUACCACCUAGUGCCACUCGAUUUAGGCUAGAUAUGCUGAAAAACAAAGCAAAGAGAUCUUUAACAGAGUCUUUAGAGAGCAUUUUGUCUCGGAAGAAUGUGGCAUCAGGAUUGGAGGAAUAUUCAUUAACCAUCUAGAUGUGGAAAUCUCGUAAUUUUCCCUGUGAUAUGUCUGAUCUGCUGUCUUUUUGCCACCAGGAGCCAUAUGUGUGUGAGAAGGAGGCCGUGCCUGUGUCUGAGAGCUCCUUCAAGCUCCUCAGCUCCUCAGAUGAUCUGUCCAGUGACUCGGAGAGCCAUCUCACUGAAGAAUCUGCUCAGGCCUCGCCCCAGCAGAGCUUUCGAAGGCGAGCCAACACCCUGAGCCACUUCCCUACGGGAAGUCAGGAACCUCCAGAACCUGCUGAGGUGUCUUCAGGGGUCUCACAAAGGAAACUUAUGAGGUAUCACUCAGUGAGCACAGAGAUGCCUCAUGAGCAAAAUGUGAACCAUCCACCUGUUGGCGAGUGUGAAAGUGGCUCAGGUCAGUCUGCAGAACCUGCUCCUCCACCUUGUCUAAAUCCCUCUGCCUCCUCGCCAAAUUUUUUUAAGUACCUAAAACAUAACUCAAGUGGAGAACAAAGUGGGAAUGCUGUGCCAAAGAGCAUCUCCUACCGUAAUGCCCUGCGGAAAAAACUUCAUUCCUCUUCCUCUGUGCCAAAUUUUCUAAAAUUUCUGGCUCCUGUAGAUGAAAAUAACACCUCUGACUUUAUGAACAAAAAAAGGGACUUUGAACCCAAGGCAAACCACCCGGAUGAUGCCCACAGAACCCCUGUGAAGACACGAAGGCAUUCGUGGAGGCAGCAGAUCUUCCUCCGAGUGGCGACCCCGCAGAAAGCGUGUGAGUCUCCUAGCAGAUACGAAGAUUAUUCCGAUCUGGGAGAACUCCCCCCACGGUCUCCCUUAGAGCCAGUCCGUGAAGAUGGGCCCUUCGGCCCUGUACCAGAAGAAAAGAAAAGAACAUCUCGUGAGCUCCGGGAGCUAUGGCAGAAGGCUAUUCUGCAGCAGAUACUGCUCCUCAGAAUGGAGAAGGAAAAUCAGAAGCUACAAGCCUCUGAAAAUGAUUUGCUGAACAAGCGGCUAAAGCUUGAUUAUGAAGAAAUCACUCCUUGUCUUAAAGAAGUCACUACAGUGUGGGAGAAGAUGCUAAGCACUCCGGGAAGAUCAAAAAUUAAAUUUGACAUGGAAAAAAUGCAUUCGGCGGUCGGGCAAGGUGUGCCACGUCAUCACCGGGGUGAAAUCUGGAAAUUCCUAGCAGAGCAAUACCACCUCAGAUACCAGUUUCCCAAUAAACAGCAGCCGAAGGACACACCAUACAAAGAACUCUUGAAACAGCUAACCUCCCAGCAGCACGCAAUUCUUAUUGACCUUGGAGUGAAUCCCAAGCCUAGCCCAGCCCUUGACUCUACCGUGGCUUUUCCAGUUAAGAACCUAGGCCCUGUGGCAGCUUCCCAGCUUACACCCUGGGCCACCACUGAUCUUGUCCUGCUGCAGACUGUCUUAUACCUAACUUUAAACAUACAUGGGCAUAUAUCCCUGCAGAUCCAGAUGUACCAACUCUCCAGGCUGCUUCAUGACUACCAUAGAGACCUCUACAAUCACCUCGAAGAACACGAGAUUGGCCCCAGCCUCUAUGCUGCCCCCUGGUUUCUCACCAUGUUUGCCUCCCAAUUUCCACUGGGGUUUGUAGCCAGAGUCUUUGAUAUGAUCUUUCUUCAGGGAUCAGAAGUCGUAUUUAAAGUGGCGUUAAGCCUAUUGGGAAGCCAUAAGCCCUUGAUUCUACAACAUGAGCACCUUGAAACUAUAGUUGACUUUAUAAAAAACACACUGCCAAACCUGGGCUUGGUACAAAUGGAAAAGACCAUCAAUCAGGUGUUUGAGAUGGACGUCUCUAAACAGCUACAAGCUUAUGAAGUUGAGUACCAUGUGCUUCAAGAAGAACUGAUUGAUUCGCCUCCUCUCAGUGACAACCAAAGAAUGGAUAAAUUAGAUAAAGCCAACAGCAGCUUACGCAAACAGAACCUCGACCUCCUUGAACAGUUGCAGGUGGCAAAUGGUAGGAUCCAAAGCCUCGAAGCUACCAUUGAGAAGCUGCUGAUCAGUGAAAGCAAGCUGAAGCAGGCGACCCUGGCAUUAGAGCUGGAGAGGGCCACUCUGCUGCAGGCCGUGGAGGAGCUGCGGAGGCAGACGGCAGAGCUGAGCAGUGCAGAGCCGGCCCUCACUCAGCCCGAGCCUGCCAGUGACUGA